AUGGUGCCUGCGGCAUCAUCUACAUCAUCAAUUCAAUACUUCCUACCCCACCAUGGGGUACUGAAAGAAGACAACAACAACUUCAAGAUCCGUGUGGUCUUCAACGGCUCAAAACCAACCAGUUCAGGACUCUCACUCAACGACAUCAUGCAUAUCGGGCCAAAAUUACUCGUUAACAUCUUCGACGUACUUAUCAGCUCACGACAACACCGGUUCAUCUUUAUCACAGAUGUCACCAAAAUGUAUCGACAAAUUCUGGUUCACGAAAAGGACCAGGGUCUGCAACAAAUACUCUGGUUUGAUGAGGAAGGAAAUAUCAUUCACUUCAAACUCACUACAGUUACUUAUGGGACGAAAUCAGCUCCAUUUCUCGCUGUUCGAGCCCUGCUCCAAUUAGUCGAAGAUGAAGGACAUCGAUUCCCACUCGCAAUCGAUCCACUCACAAAAGGACGGUAUGUCGACGACAUUUCCGGAGGCGCAGAUGAUCUCGAGUCACUGCAAGCAGUUGCAGAUGAUAUCGAGGGUCUGUGCAAGGCGGGUGGAUUCCCACUCGCCAAAUGGGCAAGCAAUCAUCGCAAACUACUUCAGCUCAAUCGUGCGGAAGCGAUUACACAAUAUAAAAUUGAGGAUCCAGAAGUCAGCACCGAAAUUCUUGGGAUGUACUGGUCUUCAAACAAGGAUCAAUUCUCGUUCAAACUCUCGCCACCAUGCUCAACUCAACCAUGCACGAAGCGUGCAAUUUUAUCAGAGAUUGCUCAGAUCUUUGAUCCACUGGGAUUCUUAUCACCACUCAUAAUUCAAGCCAAAAUGUUCAUGCAGGAACUUUGGCUUGUAAAACUCGGCUGGGACACUCUAUUGUCUGCCGAACUGCGUCAGAAAUGGAUUUCAUUCAAGACUCAACUCAACAUGAUUCACAUCAUCAAGAUUCCCAGAUGGAUCCACUCGUCCACGAACUCGGCUCUAGAAAUCCAUGGAUUCUCCGAUGCCUCGCAAUUGGCGAUGGCUGCGGUAGUUUUUAUCAAGGUCCUACCAACAACUCGAACUCAGAGAGCAAAGGUUACGCUGCUUUGCUCUAAAACCAAGGUGGCACCGUUGAAACCCCUAACGAUUCCACGCUUGGAACUCACCGCGGCUCACAUGUUGGCAAAACUCGUCAAAUACUGCCAGACUACUCUCAACUACUCGCAUGUGCCAACAUAUUUUUGGACCGAUUCAUCAAUCACGCUCACGUGGAUACACUCGCACCCGUCUCGCUGGAAAGACUUUGUCAGGAAUAGGGUGUCAUUUAUUCAAGAACUAAUUCCAGAUGGCCACUGGAAGUUUGUCCCUGGCACUGACAAUCCAGCAGAUUGUGCAACUCGAGGCUUGACAACCAGUCAGCUUAAAACUCAUCAACUAUGGUGGUCUGGCCCAUCAUGGUUGCUCGAAGACUCGUCGUCCUGGCCAACCAGUCCUAUUCAUGUAGAUGCAGAAACUCACCUGGAAGAACGUCCAGUCAAAUCACUCUACGUUUCGGCUCAACCACUCAACUCGGCUUGGACACUAAUGGAACGUCCAAUCCCACUAUUGCGUAUGCUAAGAGUUACAGCAAUUUGUGGGAGGGUACGCAAUAUAAUCAAACGCAUACGACACUCGACCCUCGCUCGUCUACUCACAUCAACUGAAAUCAACCACGCACUCCAGUUCUGCAUCAAGGAAACUCAACGUACUCAUUUCUACUCUGAACUCCAAUUACUCGCAAUACAGGCAUCAUGGCCAAAGGAUCACCCAUUUGCUCGGUUGGUGGCUUAUCAAGACACCGAUGGCAUCAUCCGAGUAGGGGGGGGGGAUUGGAAAAUGCUCCAAACUCAGAUCAACAGAAGCAUCCUGCAAUUCUACCUCGUGAUGCUGCUCUAA